AUCAUAACAACAGGAAACAUAAAUGGCGAAGUGGAUAUAACGAGCAGUUCACAUGUUGACAAUUUUGUGCGUAUGCGCAGACGAGGCGCAGGUCGCGUCCAGGCUUUUCAAUACCUAAAUUGAUGUUCUGGGCAUGCGUGAAGAGUCCUGCUGCGGGCUGCAGCCAGUCCAGCAUAGUGAAUGGAAACCAGCUCGUUUCGUUUUCAGUCGGGGGCUUUCGGCAGGCUUUACCAAAGCUGCCACACCUCCUACAUCAUUCUAAGUUAAGGUGCGGAUGUGGUCUGGGCAGUGAUCCUGGGUGUACUGCAGCAGACGUGUUGAAUUGAUUGACAGCUCCUCCUCUCCCACUCCCGACACCAGCCAUGGAGGUCGAGGCAGUUGCCGUGGGCAACCUGAUCGAUUUCGACUUGUCCCCAUGUCCCGAGGGGGCGCCGGGUGCCCCAGCUGGCGCUCUUGCCGGCAUGGACUUCCAGCAGCCCCUCCUCCCCGAGCCGCUGGCCCCCGCCCUGGGCUCUGACGCCCACCGCGACGACGGCAGCGCGGGCGACCGUGGCAACGACAGCGAGGCGACUGAGUCGGCGGACAGCGAGAACGAGGGAGCAGAAUCUCCCUCCCACCCCUGGGGCUCCUCCCGCCGGUCCUCCUCGUCCAGUCACAGCGCAGAAGAGGAGGGCGGAGCCGAGGUGGCGGAGUGCAAGGAGUUCAUGAAAGCCUACGUGGAGAAGGUGUUCCACAGCAGGGAGGAGUUUGAGCAAGAGGAGAAGGCUCGCUUUGGAGAACUGUGCAGCGGAGAAAAUGCAAAAGGACGGGAGUGGUUCGCCAAGUACGUCAGUGCACAGCGCUGCAACUCCAAGUGCGUGUCAGAGCAGACCUUCUACCGGCUGGUUCAGUCAUUCGCCGUCGUUCUCUUUGAGUGCUACCAGAUGGAUGACUACAGCCCAGCCAAAAACCUGAUGACGAUGUGCUUCACAUACUACUACAAAGGCAGGUGCCAGCUGUCCCCCACGGAGCUCCUGGAGCGCCCGGCGAGCGGCAUCGACUCGUACCUGCGCAGCGCCAACACCUGGCUGUCGGGCAAGAAGGACAUCGCCGAGCGGCUGCUGAAGAACACCUCCGCCAAGACCGACGUCAAGGGCUUCUUCGGGGGCCUGGAGAGCAAGCUGAGAGGUCCCUCCGCACGCAAGACCGGAGAUGCAGAAAGCCCGGCCGAAGAAAAGCCCAAAACGCCCGUGUCUCCUGAGUCUCCUGAUGAAAACAAGGGGGAGAAGAUCUACCUGUACACACACCUGAAGCAGCAGCCCAUCUGGCACACCUUGAGGUUCUGGAACGCUGCGUUUUUCGAUGCUGUCCACUGCGAGAGGAAAAAGAGGUCACCAACAACGAGGCGGACGGCUGAGGAAGAGAAAGGAGAGAGAGAGAAAUGGUGUCACAUGACCCAGGAGGAGAAAGAUGACAGCUCGAGGUUCAAUGAGAACAUCACCUUCGGCCAGCUCGGGACGUUUACACACAACAUGCUGGCCUUCGGUCUCAGCAAGAAGCUCUGCAACGAUUUCCUCAAGAAACAGGCAGUCAUCGGGAAUCUGAAUGAAGAACAGUACAAGCUGCUCAGUGACCACAUUGAGCAGAUGGCUGCAGAGUGAUGUGGACUUAUCUGCUCAACCUCUGAAGACCACUUGAUCUACAUCUGCUUAUCCCUGCUUACCUCCUCUUCCCCCUACUCAAGCCUGCUCACCUCCACUUCCCCCUGCUGAAGCCUGCUCACCUCAUCUUCCUACUGCUCAAACCUGCUCACCUCCACUUCCUCCUGCUCAAGCCUGCUCACCUCCACUUCCUCAUGCUCAAGCCUGCUCACCUCCUUUUCCUCCUGCACAAACCUGCUCACCUCCACUUCCUCCUGCUCAAUUCUGCUGACCUCCACUUCCUCCCGCUUUGCUUUACUUCCUCCUGUUCACCUCAGCUUUCCCCUGUUCAUCUCCAUUUCCUCAAAGUCAUGACUGCUCAUCUUCACUUCCGCUCCCUCUUUGCUGGUCUUCUCCACCCCAUGUGCGUCAACACCGCUCGCUCCCGCUUCCUCUGGGUCAGCUGCUCACCUCUACUUCCUCCUUCCUAUGUCUUCCUCCUGUGAUACACCUGCGACCUGACCAGCCCUGUUCCUCAGUGACACAUAGCAGCAGUCCUGAGGUGGGGGAAGGGGGAAGAGAGAGAGAGUUUUGUUUGAGGGGUGACUGUUUUUCUUCAGGUGAUAGCAGCUCACACAGUGUUCCAAGUAUGAAUCUGACUAAAGCUUGUAGGACAAAUCCUCCUCCUUAAGGCAGUGCCCCCAACCUUGUGGCAGCUUUCCACAUGCCCUAACUUUAUUACCCACCCUCCCCCCCCCUCCCGCCCCUAACUGACACGCUGAAGCAUGAGAUGAUUUGAUACUGACUGCAAGUUGUUACAAUUGCAAGGUCACCUGAAUAAUCCGUCCAAUCCCAAUGAGGUGUUUUUCUCUCCCUCUCUCUUCUGAUUGGUGGAUACGUGUGCAUUGGGUUUUGGGUGAGAACUACCCCCUCCUCAAUGUGUCAUGCUAUGGAAAAGGCACUGUAUGAAUUUAAGUCAUUUUUGUUAUGGUUAUUAUCAGUACUCCAAUGUGUUUGUUAUCAGCGGAACGCAUGCAAAAAGAGCCACUUCGUUCUGUUCAAAGUGCCUUUGAUGCAUCAGAAGGUACCUCUUUGUAGAGUUAUUUUAGAUGCAAGCUUCAGUGUUAAAAAGGAUGGAUCCUCCUCCUCCUGUUGACUGGUGAUUGAAAGUGAAUGCAUCUUUAACAGUGGAACAAUGAGUCCUAUCUCCUUUUUUCCUGUGAGCGAGUGAGUGGGGCAAGUGAGCAAGGGAGUGAGUGAGCGAGCGAGUGAGAGUACGUGCGUGCACGCCUGCCCAUGGUAAUUUUGCCAUGUAUCCAUGUGUUAUGCAAAUAGGACACAAUUCUUGGUGGAGCAUGCAUAGUGUAAUUGCGGAAAUCAGCCCACUAGGGGCCAGUAACAGCAUUUCUCAGAGUAGCCCAUUAAAACUGUGGGUUCAUACUUUUCAAAUAUCGGACCUGCAUUCUCUGCUCCUCCAUCUUUGAGAAGCAAAGGCACUUAUGUAAUGUACAUGUGCAUAUUCUUUAGUGUGUACAUGUGUUAACAAAGAAAGGAAAUAUAAUAAUUUUUUGUGCUCUGAUGGCUCUUGCAAUAAUCUUGGAUGGGUUAAAGGGAUGAACUGUUUUCUUACUUGUUUAUUUAUUAGUAGUAAUAAAAUUGAUUUAUAUGUAUCUGCUGUACCUGUCUAAUGUGUAUAUAUUAAAAUAUGUGCAGAUAUUUUGUGCUUGCAAAGUGCAGUUGUUGCCUUUGGUUUCUCACCAUAACUGUGAUUCUGGCUUAAUCUUGAGUUGUUUUUUUUUUUUUUUUUCAUUUUUGUAAAUCUAUCCAGUCGGUUUGCAGUUUUGGAUAAGACUUUGUGAAUCUGAUGCACGUUUUAAUACUAUGUACCUACGUGUUGUUUUAUCUAUGGUGUCAAAUCGAAGAAUGUGUAAAACCAUAGAUGUUACAAAGUUCUUAGAUAUGUCUUUCUGUUCUGUGGACCGCUGGUUUAGUAGUAGAAACUGCCCAGCUGUAGUACAACCCCAGAGGGCCCACGGUUUUCCCACAGAGAUGUUAAAGUGACAUGCUUCAAGAGUGUGUGUUAGCUAUGUAGAGAAUAUACUUGUUGUUCUAUGAUGCUGUAGUUUGUAGACAUACUCAGUGUGCUGUAGCUGUAGCUAAUAGCGUUGUGUAGGUGUGGGUUUUAUUAUUGUGUUGUAGCUGUGUUGUGUUACUGUCCUCCUUGGUUACUACCAGUCACUCCAUUUGAAUCAUUUGUCUUGUCAUUGUUGUCUGCUUGUCUUCUUGCCAAGGGAAUGCCACCAAUCUCUUGUUGCCAUGCAAAGACAUUCUCCUGUCUUGUUACCUGAUAAGAAAAAAAACAUCAUCAUUGUCUUGUAGCUAUUGGAAUAUGCUCACUUUUGUCUGUUUGCUGGUUGCUGUCGGAUGAUCUGCCCCCUGGUCUUGUUGCUAUAAGACAUCCUAUCCAGUAGAGGGCAGAGUAAUAUAGUGUCAGAUGUAACACUGCUAAGCAUAUGUGCUGUUGCCUUCUCCUGCAUCAUGUCAUAUCUCAGAAUGCACAAUGACCUCUGCAUGGAGGGUCAUACUAAUCAAAGCAAACCGUGAUCAUAAAGAUGUAUUUUUGUGUGUCAAAUCUGAUGCAAGUUUUAGAAACAGUCACGUGUUGAAAUAAAAUUAUUUUGUAACAUGA